GUGUUUGGUACGCGCGAGUCCGUCCGUCCGUCCGUUCCGCCUGUGCGGUGCUCAGCCCAGCUCUGGAAAUUUUUAGACCAAAGCCGAGCACGGGCCCUGUCUCGGCGCUUUCCUUUAGCCCGAGGGUCCCUUAUCAGUCCGAGCCCAAGACAGUUCACUCCCAGAGGGUAGAAAGGGGACAGGAGAGCAGGGAGUGGAUGGGGUGGGAUGAGUUUAAUUCAAUUCGAUGGAGAGGAGGUCAAGAGGUUUAUGACAUGAAACAGAGAAUUACUCCAUCCAUUUCGAUACCUCUCUCCGAUUCACUUCUACAUUGAAGAAUUGGCUGGACAAUUGGCCGAACUCACAAUGGCUCUCCUCAGACCUUCUACCUCUAUCUCAAACACCGCCUCUGGUACUACCACUAUCACUUCCACUCCCUCUCUCUGGUUACCCCUCUCCCUGCCCCGUCCCUCCUACCUCCUCCUCACCUUACUUCGUCCCCUCUACCCAACCCUCGAAGUAGCCCAUCGUCUCCUACUCAACAGUCUUGCCCUCUCCCUCCUCGCAUGCACUCUUCCCUUUUCCAUCUAUCUCACCCUUGGACAAACAGCGAGAAUCGCAAGGGGGGAGGGGAUUUGGGGGAUGAGAGUGAAGGAGUUGAGUGGUUUGCUUUGGGAGGGGUUUGAUUGGUUGGAGGAAUGUGAGGAUGAGGGAGUUUUGAGAGAGUGGAUUGAGAGGACGCUAGGAGGAGGAGAAGAAGAAGAAGAAGAAGAUGGACUGCACGAUGGAUCUCACAAGCGUAGGCCACAAGCUGCUAGCAACGACGAUGCUUUUGGACCCAACAUUGCUGCUGCUAGAAGGGACUCGGGCAUCGAAAUCCUUGACGGGUAGGACAAUGCGCUGCACUGCACAGUCUCAUGGCAUGGCAUGGUCCUUGCCGCAUCUACA